AUGCUGCAGGUAUGGGUUGGCGGAGCUUUGCGACAAGAACGCAGGACUGACGUCAUUGCCUGUCGUUCCACGCAGCACGUAUCUAUCCCAAAUCCGGCCAAUAUCGAGGCGCGACGGAACUACCCUGUGCAUAAGUUCGAUGAGGAUGGAGGCAUGUAUGACAUCAUCAAGUACCCGCUGCUUUCAGAGAAGGCCUGCCGCUUGCUGGAAGAGUUCAACAUCUACACCUUCAUGGUGGAUAGGAGGGCCAACAAGCCCCAGAUUCGUGCCGCCAUUGAGACGAUUUUUGGCGUGAAGGUGAUCAAAUGCAAUACGUUGAUUCCAAAUGCGAAGUACACCGUAGCGUAUGGCGUGAAGAUCGGCAGAAAGUCCCUCUUCAAGAAGGCGUACGUUCAAGUCAAGGAGGGGGACUCCAUUGACCUCUUCCCGGAUGAUCCUGAAGCAGUCUGA